GGGCGGACCGGAAAGAGUCCAAAGAAGUCUCUGCACCAUGGCGGGUCCUGUCAGCUUGCGAGAGCUUCUAAUGGGCGCUUCAUCCUGGACCGGCUCUGAAAGUCCCGAGGGGUCCCCUACAGAGGGCGGAGGGAGCGUGGCUGGUGGACCCGAGCCUCCUUGGCGAGAGGAUGAGAUCUGCGUGGUAGGAAUCUUCGGCAAGACGGCUCUGCGACUGAAUUCCGAGAAGUUCUCACUUGUGAAUACGGUUUGCGACCGACAGGUCUUUCCCCUCUUUCGCCACCAAGAUCCUGGGGACUCAGGGCCUGGAAUCAGGACCGAGGCUGGCGCCGUCGGGGAGGCUGGUGGAGCCGGAGACACUGGGGCUGGGGCUGGGGCGGGGGAUUCAGUUCGGGGAGGUGUAGCUACCGCUGAAGGGAACCGAACUGAGCCAGGCUCCCAGGACUACAGUCUUCUGCAGGCCUAUUACAAUCAAGAAAGCAAAGUUCUUUAUCUUCUUCUCACUUCCAUCUGUGACAAUUCCCAGCUUCUGCGGGCUUGUCGUGCCCUUCAGAGUGGGGAAGCAGGAGGUGGCCUCUCUUUACCUCAUGCAGAAGCGCACGAGUUCUGGAAGCACCAAGAGAAGCUGCAGUGUCUCAGUCUCCUUUACCUUUUCUCCGUUUGUCACAUCCUGCUUCUGGUCCAUCCCACUUGCUCUUUUGACAUCACGUAUGAUCGAGUAUUCAGAGCCCUUGAUGGACUGAGACAGAAGGUACUGCCCCUCCUCAAAACAGCCAUUAAGGAUUGUCCGGUUGGCAAAGACUGGAAACUAAACUGCCGACCUUGCCCUCCUAGACUCCUUUUCCUCUUUCAACUCAAUGGAGCCCUCAAAGUGGAACCCCCUCGGAGCCAAGACCCAACUCAUCCAGACAAGCCCAAGAAACAUUCUCCCAAAAGGAGACUGCAGCAUGCCCUGGAGGACCAGAUCUAUAGAAUCUUUAGGAAGAGUCGCGUCUUAACUAAUCAGAGUAUCAAUUGCCUCUUUACUGUGCCUGCCAACCAAGCUUUUGUGUACAUAGUUCCCGGAAGCCAAGAGGAGGACCCAGUAGGCAUGUUGCUGGACCAACUUAGGAGUCAUUGUACUGUGAAGGACCCAGAAUCUUUGCUGGUGCCUGCACCCCUUUCUGGGCCCAGGCGAUACCAGGUGAUGAGGCAGCAUAGCCGACAGCAGCUUUCUUUUCACAUUGACAGCAGCAGUUCCAGUUCUUCAGGGCAGCUAGUGGAUUUCACUCUUCGGGAGUUUCUAUGGCAGCAUGUGGAGUUAGUCCUAAGCAAGAAAGGUUUUGAUGACAGUGUGGGCAGGAACCCACAGCCUUCCCAUUUUGAACUUCCCACUUAUCAGAAGUGGAUCUCAGCAGCUUCAAAACUGUAUGAAGUAGCUAUAGAUGGGAAAGAGGAGGACCUGGGAUCUCCUACUGGGGAGCUAACAUCUAAGAUUUUAAGCAGUAUUAAAGUCUUGGAAGGGUUUUUGGAUAUUGACACCAAAUUCUCAGAAAACCGGUGCCAAAAAGCUUUACCCAUGGCCCAUAGUGCCUAUCAGUCAAACUUGCCUCAUAACUACACAAUGACUGUCCAUAAGAAUCAGCUUGCCCAGGCUCUUCGAGUAUACAGUCAACAUGCUAGGGGUCCAGCCUUUCACAAGUAUGCCAUGCAGUUACAUGAGGACUGCUACAAGUUUUGGAGCAAUGGCCAUCAGCUCUGUGAGGAAAGGAGUUUAACUGAUCAACACUGUGUACAUAAGUUUCACUCAUUACCUAAAUCAGGAGAAAAACCAGAGGCUGAUAGAAAUCCUCCUGUGCUGUAUCACAACAGCCGAGCUCGAUCUACUGGUGCCUGUAACUGUGGAAGGAAACAAGCACCUCGAGAUGAUCCCUUUGAUAUCAAGGCAGCUAACUAUGACUUUUAUCAGCUUCUGGAAGAAAAAUGUUGUGGAAAAUUGGAUCAUAUCAAUUUCCCAGUAUUUGAACCAAGUACUCCAGAUCCUGCUCCUGCCAAAAAUGAAUCUUCUCCUGCCCCUCCAGAUGCAGAUGCUGAUAAACUUAAAGAAAAAGAACCUCAAACCCAAGGAGAGAGCACAAGCCUGAGUUUAGCUUUGAGUUUAGGCCAGUCCACAGAUAGUUUAGGUACCUAUCCAGCUGAUCCACAAGCAGGAGGAGAUAAUCCAGAAGUUCAUGGUCAAGGAGAAGUAAAAACUGAGAAGAGACCAAACUUGGUUGAUAGACAGGCAUCCACAGUUGAGUAUCUCCCAGGCAUGCUACAUUCAAAUUGCCCUAAAGGUCUACUACCCAAAUUCUCCAGCUGGUCAUUGGUUAAAUUAGGCCCUGCUAAGUCUUAUAACUUUCAUACAGGUUUAGACCAACAAGGCUUCAUUCCAGGAACAAACUAUCUUAUGCCUUGGGACAUUGUCAUCAGGACUAGAGCUGAAGAUGAAGGAGACUUAGACACAAAUUCUUGGCCUGCUCCAAAUAAAGCUAUUCCUGGAAAGAGAAGUGCAGUAGUAAUGGGAAGAGGAAGACGGAGAGAUGACAUAGCUCGGGCAUUUGUGGGCUUUGAAUAUGAAGACUCUAGAGGUCGGAGGUUUAUGUGUUCAGGACCUGACAAAGUAAUGAAAGUAAUGGGAAGUGGGCCAAAGGAGUCCGCUUUAAAAGCCCUGAAUAGUGAUAUGCCCUUAUAUAUUCUGUCAUCAUCUCAGGGUAGAGGGCUAAAACCACAUUAUGCUCAACUUAUGAGGCUUUUUGUUGUAGUUCCUGAUGCUCCUUUGCAGAUAAUACUAAUGCCCCAGGUUCAACCAGGCCCACCACCAUGUCCAGUAUUCUACCCAGAAAAACAAGAAAUCACUCUUCCACCAGAUGGCCUCUGGGUUUUGAGAUUUCCUUAUGCAUAUGUGACUGAGAGAGGACCUUGUUUCCCUCCUAAGGAAAACGUGCAGUUAAUGAGUUACAAGGUGCUCCGUGGAGUUCUUAAAGCAGUAACACAAUAAGUGUUUUAUAGGCAGUUCCAUCUUUUUUUUUUAAUUAAAAAAAUAUUUUUUUUCUAAUGUUUAUUUAUUUUUGAAGGAGAGACAGACAGUGUGGGGAGGGGAGGGCAGAGAGAGAGGGAGACACAGAAUCUGAAGCAGGCUCCAGGCUCUGAGUCAAUACAAAGCCUGACGUGAACCUUGAACCCAACCCGUGAGAUCAUGAUCUGAGCCGAAGUCGAUGCUCAACUGACUGAGCCACGCAGGUGCCCCUAUAGCUGGUUCCAUUUUAACGCUGAUGUUUGAUUUUGCUGUGUAUGGGUUUGGUUUUUUUUUUCAUUUUGUUUCUUUGUUUUUGUUUUGGUAUGUGUAUGCUGUGUUUCCUUAAAUACAGAAUGUGCUUUGGUUACAGGAGUUCAGUAUUGAUACAAUAGUUCCACUCUUUCAUGAUGUUAUUGAUAUUUAUUGUAAACGGGCCUGUACCUUCUUAAUAAACAUUGGUUCUUGCAGGAAAGGACAUAAAUAUCUGGUUGAUACCUUUGGGGUUUUUUUUUUGUUUCUGUUUCACUGUCCAUAAUAAAACAUGUUUAUCAUAACUGAA